UUCAUUUUGCUUCUCCAUUAGCUCUCUCUCUCUCUCUCUCUCUCUCUCUCUCUCCGUCCCUCUCUAUGGAAAAGAAGCUCGUGCAGUACCCGGUGGUGGACGCAUUCACCGACACAGCCUUCAAGGGGAACCCGGCGGCGGUGUGUAUCUUGGAAGAAGAGAGGGACGAAGAGUGGCUGCAGGCGGUAGCCAGGGAGUUCAACUUCUCGGAGACCGGUUACCUGACCGGUGCCUCGGGCUCAGGACUCCCCAGCUCAAACAACGGGGGAUCGAGCCCGAGGUUUCGGCUCAGGUGGUUCACUCCAGUUCAGGAGGUUGACCUCUUCGGUCAUGCGACGCUAGCUGCUGCGCACACUCUCUUCACAUCUGGGAUGGUAGAUUCUGACACCAUCGAGUUUAUGACAUUAUCCGGAAUUCUGACUGCCAAAAGGGUUCCCGAAACGAAGUCAUCCGAAAUUUUGAAGGUUCAAGAUGGUGAUGUGCCUGGGAUAUGGAUUGAAUUGGAUCUUCCUGUAGUCCCGAUAGCUGAAGAUGAUGCCGAGCAGAUUUCAUGUGUCUCCAAAGUUCUCAAUGGCACUUCCAUUGUUGAAAUCAAGAAGACAGCAAAGGACGACUAUUUCAUUGUUAUCCCAUCGGGGAAAGAAGUUGAAGAAUUUCAGCCCCAGUUUGAUGAGAUAAAGAGAUGUCCUGGGAGGGGUAUUAUCAUCACAGGAUCAGCUCAGCCAGACUCGGGAUUUGAUUUUGUCGAUCGAUUCUUUAACCCAAAACUUGGACAGAAUGAGGAUCCUGUAUGUGGCAGUGCACAUUGUGCUUUGGCACCUUAUUGAGUGAAAAGCUGGGGAAAAAGAUCUCGUUGCCUAUGCUGCAUCGCCCAGAGGUGGAGUAGUGAAGGUGCACUUGGACGAGCAGAACCAGAGAGUGUCAUUGCGCGGGAAAGCUGUAACUGUAAUGAGAGGCUCUCUUCUUGUUUGAAUUUCUAGCACCUCUUCUUGUGAUGCAGCCCGCAUUGAAGACCAGCUCUCUCAACCAAGAAGAUCAGCCCGCAUUCAAGCUCGACGAAACCAAGAAGCUGUAUCGACAUCUUGAGUCCAUCCCAGAAGCUGGAAAGACAUCUUGGGAGCCAUGAAGACGUUAUGCUUUUACUAUUUCUCCUGGUUUCAAUGCCCUAUCUUUAUUUCUCCUAGUUUUAAUGUUCUAUCUUUAUUUCUCCUAGUUUCAAUGCUCUGUCUUUAUU